GCCAUUUCUUUUUCGAAGCAGCUCUGGCCUCUUACUCUUUGUCCAAUAGUAUAUACUUCGAAAACAGAGAAUACAUCAUCGAUCAGGAGAGAAAAAAAUAUGUCUUCGACAAUGAAAGGAAUGCUUAUCAGAACUGUACCGGAUUUCUGUAAUAAGCAAAGGUUAUUCCACGCCAAGUAUGUUGAUCGGAGUGAUCUUCUUUUUCCGGAAAACCGUUCAAUUCUACACUUCAGCCGGAAUUCUAAUAUCGUCUCCCCCAAGAGAUAUAGUCCGUUAUUACGUGGCAGAAUCCGAGCACAAGUUCUCAGUCCGGUAUCAGACCCGACAGCACCGACUACCAAAAAGAGAGUAUUUACUUUUGGCAAAGGAAAGAGUGAAGGCAACAAGAGCAUGAAGUCCUUGUUGGGAGGGAAGGGAGCAAACCUGGCAGAGAUGGCAAGCAUUGGGUUAUCAGUGCCUCCUGGCCUCACCAUAUCAACCGAAGCAUGCCAAGAAUAUCAGCAGUGUGGGAAAAAGUUACCAGAAGGUUUGUGGGAGGAGAUAAUGGAAGGCUUGAAAAUUGUAGAGGACAACAUGGGAGCUACCCUUGGCGAUCCUUCUAAACCUCUCCUCCUCUCUGUUCGCUCUGGUGCAGCGAUUUCAAUGCCUGGCAUGAUGGACACUGUCCUUAAUCUUGGACUAAAUGAUGAAGUGGUUGCUGGUUUGAGUGCAAAAAGUGGAGAGCGUUUUGCUUAUGACUCCUACAGACGUUUUCUAGACAUGUUUGGAGAUGUUGUGAUGGGAAUUUCACACUCAUCGUUUGAGGAGAAGUUGGAACAAAUGAAGGAUGCAAAAGGGAUCAAACUUGAUACUGAUCUAACAGCCGCCGAUCUCAAAGCACUGGUGGAGCAAUAUAAGAAAGUUUAUGUUAAAGUUACUGGUGAAGAGUUUCCUUCAGAUCCAAAAAAGCAACUGCAGUUAGCCAUUAAAGCAGUUUUUGAUUCUUGGGACAGCCCAAGGGCCAUUAAAUAUCGGAGCAUCAAUCAAAUUACUGGCUUGAAAGGAACGGCAGUAAAUAUUCAAUGCAUGGUAUUUGGUAAUAUGGGAAAUACUUCAGGAACAGGUGUUCUGUUCACUAGAAAUCCAAGCACUGGUGAAAAGAAGCUCUAUGGGGAAUUUCUAAUUAAUGCUCAGGGAGAGGAUGUAGUUGCUGGAAUUAGAACACCUGAAGACUUGGAUACAAUGAAAAAUUGUAUGCCUGAAGCUUACAUGGAGCUUGUGGAGAAUUGUGAAAUUCUAGAGCGUCACUAUAAAGAUAUGAUGGAUAUUGAGUUCACAGUUCAAGAUAAUAGGUUGUGGAUGUUGCAAUGCCGAUCAGGAAAACGGACUGGUAAAGGUGCAGUGAAGAUAGCAGUUGACAUGGUUAAUGAAGGACUUGUUGAUAAGCGCAAUGUAAUCAAGAUGGUGGAGCCACAGCAUCUCGAUCAACUUCUUCAUCCCCAGUUUGAGGAUCCAUCUGCUUACAAAGACAAAGUGAUCGCCACGGGCUUGCCUGCAUCUCCGGGGGCGGCAGUGGGGCAGGUUGUGUUUAGUGCGGAUGAUGCAGAAGCAUGGCAUGCACAGGGGAAAAGUGUCAUUUUGGUAAGGACAGAAACGAGUCCAGAGGACGUUGGAGGUAUGCAUGCAGCUGCUGGGAUAUUGACAGCUAGAGGUGGGAUGACAUCCCAUGCUGCUGUUGUAGCACGCGGUUGGGGAAAAUGUUGUGUUUCUGGCUGCUCUGAUAUUCGUGUUAAUGAUUAUGAGAAGGUUGUUGUAGUUGGCGAUAUGGUCAUUAAUGAAGGAGAAUGGAUAUCACUCAAUGGGUCUACAGGAGAAGUGAUACGGGGCAAACAGCCACUAUCUCCUCCAGCUCUAAGUGGUGAUUUAGAGACAUUUAUGUCUUGGGCUGAUGAUGUGAGACGCAUCAAGGUUAUGGCAAAUGCUGAUACUCCUGAUGAUGCCCUAACAGCUCGAAAUAAUGGUGCACAAGGGAUAGGACUUUGUAGGACAGAGCACAUGUUCUUUGCUUCAGAUGAGAGGAUAAAGGCUGUGAGAAAGAUGAUAAUGGCAGUUACAACAGAGCAGAGGAAGGCAGCACUGGACCUGCUACUACCUUAUCAAAGAUCAGAUUUCGAGGGAAUUUUUCGAGCAAUGGAUGGCCUUCCAGUAACAAUACGACUGUUGGACCCUCCACUUCAUGAAUUUCUGCCAGAAGGUGACCUUGAGCAAAUUGUAGGUGAACUAACUAGUGAGACUGGCAUGACUGAAGAUGAAGUUUUCUCAAGAAUCGAGAAAUUAUCAGAAGUAAAUCCUAUGCUUGGUUUCCGAGGCUGCAGGCUAGGGAUAUCAUACCCAGAACUCACAGAAAUGCAAGCACGUGCAAUCUUUCAGGCUGCUGUCACAAUGAGCAACCAGGGUGUUACCGUUCUUCCUGAGAUAAUGGUUCCCCUUGUUGGAACGCCUCAGGAAUUAGGACAUCAAGUGACUUUAAUUCGUAGUGUUGCAAAUAAAGUGUUCUCUGAGAUGGGCGUCACUUUAAGCUUUAAGGUGGGAACCAUGAUUGAGAUUCCUAGAGCUGCUCUGGUUGCAGAUGAGAUUGCAAAAGUAGCGGAGUUCUUUUCCUUUGGGACCAAUGAUCUCACACAAAUGACAUUUGGGUAUAGCAGAGAUGAUGUCGGGAAGUUUCUUCCAAUAUAUAUAUCCAAAGGCAUCUUGCAAAGUGAUCCCUUUGAGGUACUUGAUCAGAAAGGUGUUGGCCAACUCAUCAAGCUUGCGACAGAAAAGGGCCGAGCAGCUAGGCCUAGCUUGAAGGUCGGAAUAUGUGGAGAGCAUGGUGGGGAGCCUUCGUCGGUUGCAUUCUUUGCAGAGGCUGGACUGGAUUAUGUUUCAUGUUCUCCAUUCAGGGUUCCUAUUGCAAGGCUAGCAGCAGCACAGGCUGCUGUCUGACAGAAAGUUCAGGAGCAGCAGCUGCAUCAACAUGUCACCCUCAGUUUUAUGAGUUGUAAAUUAGAAAAAUUAUUUGGCAAAUAUAUAUAACAAACCCACAGACAUAGUUCUAUCAAAAUAUAAAAAAAUAAAUAAAAGGUUGCACUGAACAACAUUAUAUAUAAAGUUGUAAAUAAAUUAUAAAAGGGAAAGGAGAUAAAGGCUUUCCAUUGUAGAUAGACAAAGCUGCUAUUUAAUAUUUGUACAAUAAUAAUUUACAUGUAAUGUGACUGAUGUCCAAGAAAUACAUGUAAUGUAAAAAGGUUUAUUCAUUUUGUUCA